GAGAACCGGAGACGGACCGUCGGACGGAGGCAGGGAGGGCCGGUAGGCGGUGCGCCCGGCCCCGCCUUCUUGUCCUCAGGGAUGCCGGGAUGUUUACAGCCUUGACAGCGGCGGCAUCAGGAGUCGGAGUGAAAAAAAGGAGGCUGAGUUCUUCUCCGCUCCGUUGUUGCUGCGUACGGGGCACCUCACUACAGAUCCGCCUGAGAGGGUCGGGGAGACAAAAAAAGGGAAAGAAACUGACUCCUGCUCGCGAAGGGAGCCUUCUGAGGUCGUCUGAAAGUGUUGUGAUUUGAAACAAUGGAUGAGCAGUCUCAAGGCAUGCCAAGCCCUCCUGUUCCUCAAUUUCAGCCGCAGAAAGCCUUACGACCUGACAUGGGCUACAAUACUUUAGCCAACUUCCGAAUAGAAAAGAAGAUUGGCCGUGGACAGUUUAGUGAAGUUUACAGAGCUACCUGCUUGUUGGAUGGUGUGCCAGUAGCUUUAAAAAAGGUGCAGAUAUUUGAUUUAAUGGAUGCCAAGGCUCGGGCUGAUUGCAUCAAAGAAAUAGAUCUUCUUAAGCAAUUGAAUCAUCCCAAUGUAAUCAAAUACUAUGCAUCAUUUAUUGAGGACAAUGAACUGAAUAUUGUGCUGGAAUUAGCAGAUGCUGGAGACCUAUCUAGAAUGAUCAAGCAUUUUAAGAAGCAGAAGAGGCUGAUUCCUGAAAGGACAGUUUGGAAGUACUUUGUUCAGCUGUGCAGUGCUUUGGAGCAUAUGCAUUCACGACGUGUCAUGCAUCGAGACAUCAAGCCGGCAAAUGUAUUCAUUACAGCUACAGGAGUAGUAAAACUUGGAGAUCUUGGAUUGGGAAGGUUUUUCAGCUCUAAAACCACAGCUGCACAUUCUUUAGUGGGAACACCAUAUUACAUGUCUCCAGAGAGAAUCCAUGAAAAUGGAUACAACUUCAAAUCAGACAUCUGGUCUCUAGGAUGUCUGUUGUAUGAGAUGGCUGCACUGCAGAGUCCAUUCUAUGGUGACAAAAUGAACCUGUAUUCCUUAUGUAAAAAGAUUGAACAAUGUGACUAUCCACCUCUUCCAUCAGAUCACUACUCAGAAGAACUGAGACAAUUAGUUAAUAUGUGCAUCAACCCAGAUCCAGAGAAGCGACCAGACAUAACCUAUGUUUAUGAUGUAGCAAAACGUAUGCAUGCACAUACUGCUACCAGCUAAAAGAAGAGAAAGCUUAUGAAGAGAGAACAACCUGGACAUUUUCAAGUAUUGUUGUGUAAAACCCUUCCACCUUUUCUCCUGUUUUUCACCUAAAGUUUAGUUACAUGAAGUGAGGAUGUUUAACAGUUUUCUCACAGAGUUUAUAACUUAAAAUGACUUUAAAAAAAAAAGUUUAUUGUAAAACAUGGAACAGUUGCUAAAAAUGGCAGAAUAAGAAAACAGACAAUCCUUUCUGACUUUGAAAAGUUGCAAUUUCACAUAUAUUGCUACAUUAAGAGCAAAACUUUUAUGCGGUUUUGAUGUUUUGUUCUACAUAUCAGAAUUGCAGUUUUGUACAUGAGUACAGCAUUGGACUCCUUCAAGCAAAACUAUUGAGUCUUGUUUCUCAGUUGUUUUUAAUAAUGUAUGGAAGUGAUGAAUCAGCACAAUUGGUGAAUUUGUUCGUCAGUGGAUUUAUUGGUGCCUUUCUUCCUCUUUCCUAGAGGCAAUUAAUUAAUAGGAUUUUUAAAUGAAUGAUCCAGUUUACAGUUUUUCUUAUCAAGAUAAAUGUAGAUAGAAACCAUUUUAUUUGCUCUUGAGUUUUGAUGCAUCUGCUGAAUGUGAAAAAAAAUGGUGUGAGGUUUUUUUUUUCUGAGAAAUUGUCCAACACUGAAAAUUUCCUGGUCAGCUGUUUUUUUAACCCGUGUACAAUAUCUUAACCCCAUCCCCUAAAACUUGUUAUCAUGGGUUUGUAUUACAUUGCGCCUUUCUCCUCCAAGCCGAGUAGAAGAUAAUUGGAUAUUUGUCUAGAUUCCUGACCCUAUAAUUCCCAAAAUCUAUAGCUAUCAAGAUUGACCUCCACAACAUUAGGCAUUUCCAAAUACCUUUUCUUUCAGUGGUGGAGGGCUGAGCAUAUGAUAUCAGUGGCAAUUACAAAGUGCUUAAUUUGGGCUGAGUUUGUUCAGGUAAUUUUUCAUCCUAUAUAUUGACUUGAUUUUAAAGGCUAAUUCAGACUUCUCCAGUCUGGUGACCUCCAGAUGUUUUGUAAGACAAACCAUCAACCAGCAAGGCAAUCCUGGCUGGAACUGCUGAGAGUUGUCUUCCAAAACAUCUAGAUGGCUUUGGGCUGGGGAAGCUGGGCGAGUUUGUCCAGAAACAUACUGUUUAAGGUACACAUAAUAUAAAAUGGACAGCAUAUGGAAGAUGCUUGAAAAUGCACAGGUAUGACAACUUCCCCAUGCUCUAAGGUUCCCAGGGUGAAUCAGAGACCAACACAUGGGUUGUUCUUUUAAUAUCGCUGCAAACGAGUGACAGAAAUGGGUUGUGGCUGGUUAGAGUUAAGCUUCAUGGUAAUAGACAAUCUAUGUGACAGCAGGGCAUUGAUACGAAUUGUCCAUUACAGUGUAGACAUCUGCUUCCUAAAUAAUGUAUGUAUCUUAGAAGAGUAUUCUGUUUCCUGGAAAAGUUCGCUUGAGGUUUUUAAAAAAGGCGUUCAUUCUGUGCACUCCCCAUUAGCUUCUGAAUAUUCCAGAGUGAAAUUUAUAAUUAAUUGGAUAAACAUUCAUUGGCAUAAAAGAAUGUUUGCUGUGGAGUGGAAAAGCAUUAUGUUGUAAUUCCAAGUGUUGGUGUACAUAGAUGUCUAGUCUUUCCAAAUUUUUACCACAGUCUGCAAAUCUAUGAAGUGUCCAAGUGGGUUGGAUGACAGUUAGAAUGGUUGACAAUUAGAAUUUUAAUCAUAGUGUGACACAGUAGCCAAUGUCUAACAAACAAAAAAAUUACAGUAUUCCUUCGUACAUAUUAAACCCACAGGUUUUAUUAAUUCACCAUGCAGUUGUAUAUUCAGUUCUUCAGUUAGGUUCAUUACCAUAAAACAAUGUAAUAAGAAAAAUGUACGUACAUACUUCUCCUGUGCUGCUGAUGCCCAGGAUGGGCAUAUUUUGGCACCUGCCAAGGGCUGAGACAGCUUGUAAGCUGCCCUUUCCACCAUAGGGACUCCUGCCUGGUCCUCCUGUCACCAUCAGAGCUGUGGCGCUGCUGUUGCUUGCUGCUGCCACAACUGCCAGUAAUUCAUUUCACAUCCUCCUCCCUGCAGAUGUGUUUUACCCGAUUAUGAUGCCUAUUAUGGGAGCUGAGCUGUUCCACAACAGGCAGCCUACAUGUUAGAUUCCCCAGGAUGCAAUGCCCAUCACUGACACAGAGCGUUGCAUAUUGGGGAAUCUGACACGGUGGCCACCUGACACAGAGAAGAGUCAAAUACCAGUGUGGGUCCCAUAAUAAAUGUGACUGUCUUCCACUGCUGGAUAAAAUACAUCUGUGGAGAGGAAUGGGGAUGGUCAGCGAUUGGUGAAGACAGCAAGCAGCCACACUGCUCUGGUAGUGAGAGCAACAGCAGCAGGCAGCCGUGCUGUGCUGAUGCUGUGGUGGUGGAGGGAGCAGCAGGCUGGUGCUUAUUACACUCUACCUGCCACUGUGGCACCUGUAUGAGAUCUGCAGUGGAGCCAGAAUCUCGAUAGUGCUGUUUCACUUAAGGCAAUGUUGCCGAGGCUACUUGCACCGCACCCUUCUCCCAUAUAAUGGAAGAAUCAGUGUAGUUAAGGAGGAUGGAGAGCCACAUAGCAUCCACAGCACAGGCCUGAGUCAAAAUUGUAUAGAUAGCUGAUUCUCCCUUUUCGCUUCAGACCUAAGAACUCUUUAAAUCUGGGAGGAAGAAUGCAAGACACCAUUGGGCCUGUAGCUCACUGUGGUAUAAAGUAAUGCUGUGCUCUCUGCUCACGUGUAUCUAUCCCCAUUGUGGCUGGGAGGUGUCUAGUUAGCCAGAGGCCAGAGGCCAAGUGAAUGCUUGCAGGAAGAAACACUUAUGACUAAAGGAGAAUUGAUGAGAUGCCUUCAGAUGCUUUCAGUGCUCUGUCUGUUACCAUUAGCUGAGGAUUUGGUUCAGGUACAAAGGAAGGGUGAGCAGUUCUGGUCAGUGAUUGCAGCCAGAGCAAACCUGCACAGCUUGUGAGCUACCAAGUCAAGCACAAUCCACCAGCCUUAGGUUGAAGACCUAACAGUGUUGCUAAAUUUCUGACUUUUGCAGUCCCGGACACGAAGCAAAGCUGAAAGGUUUGCCAAGUCCCUUGAUGAGCUGCUAUGCAUAGCUGGUGGGGUGCAUUUGGCUUGGUGGACACCAUUUGGACAGGUCUAACCCAGAGCUUUUUUAUUGCUCAUGCUCAUGCAACCUUAAUGUUCAUACCCAAUAGUGAGACCCUUGGCACACUCAUUGUUCUGGAGCAGGGUCCUCAGUCAAUGUGUAUUUGGAUGGAGCCAUGAGUCAGCUGGUUGAAAUGAUGCCUACUCCCCAAAUACAUGUCUGCCUUCACCUACGAAAUUCAGAAGGUGAAUGCAAUAUGGUCAUUUCAAUUAGGAUGAUCCAUAAUGCUUAUAUCCAUAUGUUACCCUACAGUGCAAAAGUAUUUCAGCCAUUCAUUAAGUCGGUUUCUCUCUUCACACACCUGCCAACCUUUAGAUCACUUUAAAGGAUUUGGGGGGAAAAUGUUGCAUUUGGCAUAGUAACCUAAUUUUCAUCAGGUGUUUACAGCUUGACCCUUUGUAUGUUUAAGUUGGAAGUCUCACUGAAUGCUAUGUGUCUUACUCCUGAGUAAGUCGCAUGAAUUAUAGUUUUUUUUAUUUCACACGUGUACCUUCAGUACAAAAUGCAUGCUUUUUGGAAGCCAAAAAUUGCUUCUAGAAGAAAGUAGUGUUGGCAGUAAUUAUGAAGCUUGCUAAGCUAAUGUGCCUACAAAAUAAAGGUGUUUUUAUAAAAGAAAUAUUUCCAGUGUUGAUAAUGUAAGAUAUAGUCUGUUGAAGGACCAGUUAAGUACAUUUCAUAAGCCAGCAAAAAAUAUUAUUUCCAGUGAGAUGCUGGGCAAACUUAUUAAGAAGAUUAGGCUUGGCACUGAUGCCACUCAGGCACUCUAUAAUGGCAAAACAAUUUGCUAUGUCACACAAAUACAUUGUAAUUAAGAUAGCUCUGCAAACAGAUCACUUAAGAUCCUGCUCAUAAUCCCUUCUGCUUGCCAGCACAAUGUCAUUUCCAGGACUUGGAAUCAACCAAAGGGUAAUAUGGAAAUCCAACUUCACAUGUUACAGUGAAGGUUGGGAAGGCAAAGGACCUAUUCAUAAGUCACUAGCAGUGGCAUGCCUUCUCCUGCACCACUCUAGUUACACUCAACGACAUUACACAUUUCAGGCUGGCAACAUGGGAGCUUCCCAUGCCAGUAUCACCAUCCCCUAGGAGAAGAAUGCCUUCCUUCAAACAUUACUGGAGCAAUCAAAAUUUGUGAAUUGGAACAAAGUGUGAUUCACACUUUGGCUUUUCCUCCAUCUGUGCAAUAUCUGAUCUUGCUCUCAGUAGCUCCCUUCACAGUCUAUAUUCCAUAAAGUAGAAAGGAGUUGGAGUUCUAUGACUUUGCUUCUACCAAACCUGAUGCUUGUUACAUGUAUAGAAGAUAUUUUUCCUAGUGACAGUUAUCACCAAAUUGGGGCAGUGGAUGGGGGGGUUGGCAGUCUGCCACUUGAUCUUGCCCUGUCUGCCUGCUUCCUCGCCAGGUAAUAGAAAAUGGAAGGGGUGAGGAAAAAAGACUACAAGAAAGCAAAUUGUAGAGAGUAUAGGGUUGCAGUAGUCAUGAUGGUUUUCACUGCAUUCUAUUAAACUCCACGCUCAAUUCUAAUCAAUGGCCAGUCUAUGCUUCCUGUUAAGAGACAAACAGAACUACUUACUCAGCUAAUAUGUCAUCUAUGGCUAAUAUUUCUGAAAGUGUAUACUUAUAUGUAACAAUUACAAUUUAAUGAAUACCAUAACUUUUUCCUCAGCGCUAGUGGAAAAUAGUACUACUCUAGACACCACCUACGUGCAGAUGACGCUGUUAACAUCUACUGUAUUUAUUUUAACCAAACUGCUGUUGGCUUCUCUUUUGAAACGAAUGUAUUAAUCAAUAAACAAAAUUUGUAUAAUUUUCUGCUGCCUUAUAUUCAGUUGUACUGUAAUAUUUCUGACUUCAUGAAAUACUUUUAUUUUGUUGUGCUUUCUACCCCCACUCUCUGCACAAGGAUUGUACUUUUUCUUUGGAAAUCUAUGUUGUAUCAUAUCUUAAUAUAAAUAAAGGCUACACAGAUUAAAUAUAUUGUAAAAUAAAACUA